CGGCGGCGGCAGCGGCAGGACCGCCGUGGCGCCGGAGCAGCGACCCGGAGGGAGCGCAAGGCACGGGGCGACGCGGGCUGCGGGGACCCGGUGACAGCGUGAGAGGUACUAGCUUUUGACAAGCGUGCACCAUGCGUGAGUAUAAGCUAGUUGUUCUUGGCUCAGGAGGCGUUGGAAAAUCUGCUCUGACUGUACAGUUUGUUCAAGGAAUUUUUGUUGAAAAAUAUGAUCCUACGAUAGAAGAUUCUUAUAGAAAGCAAGUUGAAGUAGAUGCACAACAGUGUAUGCUUGAAAUCUUGGAUACUGCAGGAACGGAACAAUUUACCGCAAUGAGGGAUUUAUACAUGAAAAACGGACAAGGCUUUGCAUUAGUUUAUUCCAUCACAGCACAGUCCACAUUUAAUGAUUUACAAGAUCUGAGAGAGCAAAUUCUUCGAGUUAAAGACACUGAUGAUGUUCCAAUGAUUCUGGUUGGUAAUAAGUGUGACUUGGAAGAUGAAAGAGUUGUAGGAAAGGAACAAGGUCAAAAUCUAGCAAGACAAUGGAACAAUUGUGCAUUCUUAGAAUCCUCCGCAAAAUCAAAAAUAAAUGUUAAUGAGAUCUUUUAUGACCUAGUGCGGCAAAUUAACAGAAAAACUCCAGUGCCUGGGAAGACCCGCAAAAAGUCAACAUGUCAGCUGCUUUAAUAUAUUAAAUGCAUUGUAGCUCUGAGCCAGGUCUGAAGAACUGUUGCCCAAUUCAACAGUGCCAGCAUUCCAACUUUGUUAAACCUACCAACAUCUUAAAUGGACUUUCUGUGGUGGUACCCUUUAAGAGGCGGAUGAAAGCUACUACAUCAGUUUGCACAUUCUAAUCACUUUCCAGUAUCACAAGAGAGAUUUUUACUUAUAUAAUAGUCCUAGAGUAUGCAGCUGGUAAAACCAGAGGCUACAAUCCAGUAUUACUGCUAAGAGACAUUUUUCAUCCACCAAUGUUGUACAUGUAUGAAAAUGGUGUACUGUAUACUUUAACAUGCCCCAUACUUUGUAUUGGAGAGUACAAUAAUGUAAAUCCUAAAAGCACCACUAUUUUAGCAUAAUAAAAGAAAGUCCAAAGAGCUCCUAUAUAGACUACUCCAGAUAACUUCGCUUCUUUGAUACUUGUAGCUUAUUGUAAUUUUUUUUAAGAAAUUCAAGGUCAUUAUCAUUGUAUUGUACAAAUAAGUGCUUUGAUUAACACAGCUAUAUAGUUUUUUUAAUUUUUAAAAAAACCUGUGGAGACAGUGAUCUUGUCUUUAAAAUAUGAUAGUCCUUUCAGUAUAAUGUCUUAGAUUAAAGACGUUGCCUUUAAUAUCUGUUGGGAAGGAAAUGUCCAGACUUUUCAAAUCUUUUAUUAUAUGUUUCCUUUUUUGUUUACAUAGGGAACAAUGUUUAUAGUUGUGUGUACAGUGGGGGUCUACAACAAGAAGUGUAUAUUUUCAAACAAUUUUUUAAUGAUUUAACAAUUUUUGUAAAUCAUUUUCAGGCUUCUGCAGCUGUAGAUUCUCACUGUGAAUCCCUUGCUUGCUCAUGCAUAAGUGUAUUUGCAAUACCAAAUAUACAGGUUUAGUAUUUUUGCCUGUUAGUGAUUGUUUCACAUGUGUAACGUUUUGGUUGAGAUGUUAAAUGGUGGACGAGUACUGUGGAUGUGAAUGUGGGAAGUAAUUUUAAUCAUGUGUAAUUGGUCACAAGGCCUAAGUUGCAGUAACUAUUGCUGUUUUAUUUAACAAUGCCUUGUUGCUUUGUAUGCAUUAACGUUUGGGUGUAAAGAUUGUGUGUCUAUCCAACAGGGAGCCACAGUAUUUAAAUUGACCAACCUAAUGUUACAACGACUUUGAGGUGGCCAAAUGUAAACUAAAAGCCUUAAUUAAAGUGGUGCAAUUUUGUAUAACUUAGCAUCAGUAGUUCAAUAAAUUUGGAUUGCCAUGCAAGGGCUUGCAUUAUAAUUACUUGCCACUUGACUGUGUUUUGUGUAAUGUUUAACAGUGCUAGUAAAUAAAUAUGGGUUUAACUUUUUAAAUGUAAUAGGUGCAUUUUACAUAGUGUGAUUUCAUAAUUUAAGAUUUGGACAAGCCAGAUUCAUUCAUUAAUUAUAGAAAUGGUGAGUGAAAGAUGUCAGAUUUUUUUCCCUAGUAUUGUUUGAAUAGCCACAUAAACCACCUUUUGAAUUUUUUCUUGGAAAAGAAUUUUGUAAAUCAAGCAAUAUUAAUGAACGUAUGCCUUUUGGGUAAUGUUUAGUAGCUCUUU